UUGACUGAAAGGAUGCUCAAACACCUUCGGAAAUGGUUUGUCAUGCACCUUUUCCAGCAGUCUCGGCAAAGGGCAAGGCUGGUCUCCAAGGAUGGACGGUGCAACAUAGAGUUUGGCAAUGUGGAGGCACAGUCAAGGCUCAUAUUCUUCGUGGACAUCUGGACAACAGUGCUUGACCUCAAAUGGAGAUAUAAAAUGACAAUUUUCAUCACAGCCUUCUUGGGGAGUUGGUUCCUUUUUGGUCUUCUCUGGUACGUGGUGGCCUAUGUGCACAAGGACCUCCCAGAAUUCCAUCCGUCUGUAAACCACACUCCCUGUGUGGAGAACAUCAAUGGCAUGACCUCAGCAUUUCUGUUUUCCCUGGAAACCCAAGUGACCAUUGGAUAUGGAUUCAGGUGUGUGACAGAAAAAUGUGCCACGGCCAUUUUUCUGCUUAUCUCCCAGUCUAUACUUGGGGUUAUCAUCAACUCUUUCAUGUGUGGCGCCAUCUUAGCCAAGAUCUCCCGGCCCAAAAAACGUGCCAAGACCAUUACAUUCAGCAAGAACGCCGUGAUCAGCAAGCGGGGUGGGAAGCUGUGCCUCUUAAUCCGAGUAGCUAAUCUGAGGAAGAGCCUGCUCAUCAGCAGUCACAUCUAUGGGAAGCUUCUGAAGACCACAGUGACACCUGAAGGGGAGACCAUCAUUUUGGAUCAGACCAAUAUCAACUUUGUAGUCGAUGCCGGGAACGAGAAUUUAUUCUUCAUCUCCCCACUGACAGUUUACCACAUCAUUGAUCACAACAGCCCCUUCUUCCACAUGGCUGCAGAAACCCUCCCCCAACAGGACUUUGAAUUAGUGGUGUUUUUAGAUGGCACGGUGGAAUCCACCAGUGCUACCUGCCAGGUCCGGACAUCCUAUGUCCCAGAGGAGGUGCUUUGGGGAUACCGUUUCCUUCCCAUAGUGUCCAAGACCAAAGAGGGGAAAUACCGAGUGGAUUUCCAUAACUUCAGCAAGACAGUGGAAGUGGAGACCCCUCACUGUGCCAUGUGCCUUUAUAAUGAGAAAGACACGAGAGCUAGGAUCAAGAGAGGUUAUGACAAUCCCAACUUUAUCUUGUCAGAAGUCAAUGAAACAGACGACACCAAAAUGUAG